AUGGCCGCCUUGCCGCCGUCCAUGCGGCUGGCGCCUCCUCCUACAGCGCGCCGCGCUCCGUCGCCCAUGAUGUCGCCCGGCACCCGCAGGGGACGCGUGCUCGGCAGCUCCGAGGACACACACCUCCGCGAUCUGUCACCAGAGACCACGCUGCGCGCCCUCACCGAGGAGCCCGUGCCCUUCGAUACCACACGUGACGGAUACAGAAUCUUCGCCUGCAUCGACUCCCUCACCGUCGCCGAGCGCGAUCUGGGCACGCGUGUCGCCAAGGCUGCGCAGCAGCUAAAGGGCUGGUGCGCUGAGAUUGAGCAAUGGGGCUGGACAGGCAGCUUCGAACAGCCCAGUGAGCAAGACAAGGAGCAGCGCCGCCGCAGUCUCGAGGCGCGCAUCGCAGUGCAUGCAGGCAACACAGAUGCGCUGGCCACACUCGACUACUGCGGCUCGCUGCUGUCGCUCGAGCUGGAGCAGCACGAGGCACGCCUCGACGACAUGGCCGAGGAGCUGUUGAAGCUGGACGUCGACGAGCUGAAGGAGUUUGUGCUGGACAUGCACCCCCAGGGCAAGUCACGUCCUUCCUCGGCCGGCUUUGGCGUGAGCCGUGCCAACUACCGACCCAUGGACGACUUCUCCUUCCUCGUCACCCAGACGCUCCUCUCUGCUCUCCCUCAUCACGCCCAGCUCAAAGACCGCCUCAACACGUGGACCGCCCGUGUGUCGAUUCUCCGCUCUGCACCGCGAUACCUCGACGACCUCACCCAGGCGCAGAAGGCUAUGGGCCUGGGCUGGGACGCUGUUGAGAUGCCGACAGACACAUCAGAUGUAGCUUUCAAGCAGUGGAAGGAGGCCGUCGACACCAUCUCGGGCGUGCUGCGCGACAAAGUCAGUGACGUGGGACGGCGUCUCGACAGGAUGCUGGACACGUUGGAAGGUCGUGAAGAUUGCCUGCCAGAGCGCUGGAUCGAUGUCUUUGAGGCCAUCGAGGCCGAUUAUGGUCGGUGGGUUCAUGAGUCUACAAGAAGAACGAUCGAAUUCCAUGUGCUCAGGCAGUCGAAGCAAACGAGGCAAGGAGACCUGCAGGUGGAGCGGGAGGAGCAUCCACCUUCCAAGCAAGAAACGCAUUCCGAUGUACCCGCGACCCCACGCACGCCGCUGCUGCCCAUCGACAAACGUGUACACCAGUUAUCGACAGAGGUCCAACUCCGUCGACCAAAGGCACAAGAAGUCGGCGUGCGAUCGCCUACUUCAGCCAGAGUAGAUUCAGCUCACGUGCCAGAAAAUGAGUCGAACCCUGUACUGAACACCUCAUCAUUCGAAGACAGCACCAACCAUGUACCUCACGAAGUUCCUCGACCAGCCUCUGACGCUCGAUCACUACAGCCCCAGCCAAGCAUUGUUGUCAACGCAGGUAGUCUUGACGCUCUGGACCACCAUGUACAAUCAAUCGCGAGCGUGCGCCCUCACAACCUUGCCUCGGAAUCUGCAUCACCCCCUACCGACGAUGACUACGAGUUUGAAGAAGGCAGCACCGUAGUACACAACGAUUUGGACGACAGCCCAAGGGAUGCCAUCCGUGUCGUUGCGAGUUAUGAAAGCCUCUCACAUAUCCCAGGCAGCGAGGACGGUAGCCCCGCCAGCUUUAUGCACAAGUCUGAGCCCAAUGUCUUUGCUAACUCUCCGGCACUCACCCGUACGAGUGGACAAGACGGCGAGGUGCCUCAGACCCCACGCUCGCGCCGACAGAGCACAAGUUCUACCUCGUCCAGCACCUCUUUCGAUUCCAGUCUUAUGAGUACGGUUGAGGAGUCGCCGACAAUGCGCGGCGCUGGCAAUCGCAGCAUCAGAGCCCCUCGACCCGAGCUCAAUGCUGCCAUGUUGAAGCGUCGACCUGGAAAGGACGCAGCUGCACCCAAAGCAGAGAGCGCGCCCUGGCCACCAACACAGUUUAGUCACAAAAGACCGACCACUGUCGAUGAUCUUGAACGAAAGAUUUCGGAUAUUUUGACGACAAUUCCGGCGCACAUCCGUCUUACCUCAGGACCGGGAGCAGAUGCACAUGAGAUUAGACCAUCUCGAGGCGUUGGCCACAAAGAUAGUAGGGGAUAUUUGCGUGCCGCUCGCUCUGCAAGUGGCUUGAAAACACCUCAACUUACCUUGUCGCCCGUCAAGAAUGAGUUCGAGAAUGCCAAUACCGGUGCAGGACGCAAGUCUGCAGCCGCAAGAAUUGACAAUGACAUCAAGCUGUAUCACCUUACACAACCUGGCAAGGAACAGCCUAUCAAGCUUUUCAUUCGUCGCGUAGGAGAGAACGGCGAGCGCGUCAUGGUCCGAGUUGGCGGUGGAUGGUCUGACCUGGGCGAAUAUUUGCGUCAAUACGCCGAGCAUCAUGGCCGCCGCACGGCAAGUGAGGGCAAAUUCGAAGUUCUCGGCCUCGAGGUUCAGAACCCCGAGGUUUCAUCGACAAGACCUGGAAGUGCAAUGAGCACGACGCGGCGCUCUAGUGGUGGCGGCCGUAAGACUCCAAACACAACACCAGACGCCAAGCUCGCAGGUCUUGGCAUUUCAACCACUGACUCCCCGCCACCUCCACUGCCUAGGUUUGAGAGGGACUCCACACCAGUCAUUACAGAGGAGGCUGCUACGCCUCCUUCGGACAACCCCCAGAAGUUAUGGCAUGGAACUGAAGUCGGUCUCGCAGGACCAAAGACGAAAAAGGUCGACCUCACUGGAGAGAAACUAGAGUGGAUUGAGGGCAUGAUGAAGCAGGCGCGCACUGUAAGCAACAGCAGCCUGAACAAAUCCAUGAAGGAGGAUGAGCGCGGGGAAGGCAGAAGCAAGAGCCGGAGCGAGAGUUGCUCGGCUAGUCGAUCUACAAGUCGCGCAGCUGCACGACGGCCGGUCCAGGACUUUGUCGAUCUGGGCAAGACCGGCAGCACGAGGAGAGUCUUUAUGAGAGGAGGAGCUGGUGGCUCCAACGACCGCUUGAACGAGCAUUGA